AUGCUGUUCCUCCUUCCUUACUUUUCUGUUUCGUUCUUUCUUUCUUUCUUUCUUUCUUCUGAUCUACCACCAAUUUUCUUUCUUUCUUUCUUUCUUUCUUUCUUUCUUUCUUUCUUUCUUUCUUUCUUUCUUUCUUUUGAUCUACCACCAAUCUUUCUUUCUUUCUUUCUUUCUUCUAAUCUAAUGCAUUUCUUUCUUUUUUCUUUCUUUCUUUCUUUCUUUCUUUCUUUCUUUCUUUCUUCUAAUCAAUCACCUUUUUCUUUCGCGUUACUUUCUUUCUUACUUUUUCUAAUUCAUCGCCUAUUUUUCUUUCUUCUAUUUUACCGGCUUUCUUUCUUUCUUUCUUUCUUUCUUUCUUUCUUUCUUUCUUUCUUUCUUUUGAUCUACCACCAAUCUUUCUUUCUUUCUUUCUUUCUUUCUUCUAAUCUAAUGCGUUUCUUUCUUUCUUUCUUUCUUUCUUUCUUUCUUUCUUUCUUUCUUUCUUCUAAUCUACUGCGUUUCGUUCUUUCUUUCUUUCUUUCUUUCUUUCUUUCUUUCUUUCUUUCUUUCUUUCUUCUAAUCUACUUCUUUCUUUCUUGCUUUCUUUCUUCUAAUCCAAUACGUUUCGUUCUUUCUUUCUUUAUUUCUUUCUUCCUUUCUUUCUUUCUUUCUUUCUUUCAUCUAAUCUACUGCUCUUUCUUUCUUUCUUCUCAUCUAAUGUGUUUCGUUCUUUCUUUCUUUCUUUCUUUCUUUCUUUCUUUCUUUCUUUCUUUUAGUUCCCAUUCUUUUUUAUCUGUCUCUUUUUCUUUCUUUUCUUCUUUCUUUCUUUUUUGUUGUCGUUCUUUUUUAUUGAUAUAUUUUCUUUUUCCCUCUUUCUUUCUUUCUUUCUUUCUUUCUUUCUUUCUUUCUUUUUUAUUUUCUCUUUUUUUCCCUUCUUUUCUUUCUUUCUCUCUUUUUCUUUUUCUUUCUUUCUGUCUAUCUAUCAGUAUGUCUUUCCUUCUUUUCGCUUUACCUUCUCUCUUCUUUUAUUCCUUCUUUCUUUCUUUCUUUCUUUCUUUCUUUCUUCUGAUCUACCACCAGUCUUUCUUUCUUGCUUUCUUUAAUUCUUUUCGCUCUUUCUUUCUUUUUCUUUCUUUCUUUCUUUCUUUUCUUUUUCUUCUGGGUUUUUCUGUUUUAUUUCCGCUUUCUAUCUUUUUACUCUUUUUUCUUGACAUUCUUUCUUUUUUUUCUUUUUUUCUUUCUCUUUUUUUCUUUCUUUCUUUUUCUUUCUUUGUUUCAUUCUUUCUGUUUCAUCCUUUCUGUUUCAUUUCCGCUUCUUUCUUCCUUUCUUUAUUUCUUUCUUCUCGCUUUUCUUUCUUUCUUUUUUCUUUCUUUCUUUCUUUUUUUCAUUGUCAUCAUUUUUUUUCACUUCCGCUUUUUUCUUUUUUCUUUUCUUUCUUCUCGCUUUUCUUUCUUUCUUUUUUUCAUUGUCAUCAUUUCUGUUUCAUUUACGCUUCUCUUCUUUCUUUCUUUAUAUUUCUUUCUUCUCUCUUUUUUUCUCUAUUUCUUCCUUCCUUUCUUUCUGUCUAUAUUUCUUUCUUUCUUUUUGUUGUCAUCAUUUUUGUUUCAUUUCCUCUUCUUUUCUUUCUUCUUUCUUUUUUCGCUCUUUGUUUCUUUCCAUUUUCUUUCUUUAUUCCUUUCAGAAAUACAAAAAAAUAA